GAAACGUUUUCUUUUGGUGAUUCCAGGUUCCAACACGAUCACAUGCAUCGCUUCUCAUAGCCAUCAUCAUGCAUCCCAGCAUUCAUCAUCAUCAUCAUCAUCAUCAUCAUCAUCAUCAUCAUCAUCAUAACUACAAGAAAGCGCAAUAACAUCGCCAUUAGAAGAGCCCAACGAGAGAGAGAGGGAUGGGGAGCUUCUCAUUCGAAGGAGCGACGGAUCGGAACCCCUUUUGGAUCGCGUCGAGCGCGAGUUCUGAGGAAACGAGAAUGGAGGAGGUGGAACCGCCGUCGGUGGAGGAGCCGGAAGAAGACGAGGAGGUGGAGCAUCCGUCGGUGGCGGCGCCGGAAGAAGACGAGGAGGAGGAUAUCCGAUGGAAGUGCGGUUGUAGUACUUGGAGGGAAGAGGAGUGGCCGCGGAAGUCCAGCGGUGGGGUGACGCUUGAGGGUUACGUGGAGACCGGGGACGGUGGCGAGGGGGCCGACGGCGUUUCGAGGACGAAGAGCCUGACGGACGAGGACUUGGAGGAGCUCAAGGGGUGCCUCGAUCUGGGGUUUGGCUUCAACUACGAGGAAAUUCCCGAGCUCUGCAACACACUCCCGGCGUUGGAGCUCUGCUAUUCCAUGAGCCAGAGGUUCUUGGACGAGCAGCAGCAGCAGCAGAACCGCUCGCUGGAUCGUUCGUCCUCCGGCGAGUCCAUGGAUCUGUGUGCAUCACCGACGCCUCCUCCCGUGGCCAACUGGAAGAUAUCCAGUCCAGGAGAUGAUCCCGAUGAAGUUAAAGCUAGACUGAAGUAUUGGGCCCAAGCAGUGGCAUGCACUAUCAGAUUAUGCAAGUGAGGAAGAUUCCAUCUUUUUUUUCCGUACUUCUGGUCAUCAGAAGAACUAAUCUUCGAAUUGAAGCCGAUUCCGGAGACUUCUAUGCUAAAAUGAGUUCUGUGCCGCCAUUUUCCAACUCGGCGCCAUAAGAUUUCCUGAAAACUUACGGACAUAGAGAGAAGGAAACUGAUAUGAGUGUUGCGAGGCUUGCCCCCAGUCAACAACAUAUCGGACUGCAUUGUUCCUUGAAAAGGGUUAAUGAGAAUGAUAAUGUAUUAGAUGGCAAUAACGUCUCACUGUUCACAUUUCUUGGGAUUAGCAACUUCAGUGGAUUGCUUGUUUUUUUAAGGAAGAGCAAGAGUGUCGACAUCUUAUUCCUUUAAACGACUCAUAAUGAAUACAUGCUUGCAAGAUACA